AUGACCGUAUGGUUAUAAGUUACUAUUUCGUCUAUUAGCCAGCCAUCACCUGUUCAGUUGUCUCAUACAGCUCUCAUCUCACCAUGGCGACUCUAGCCCGUUCGUUCUCAUCCGACAGCUCCGAUGUCGCUAUCCUGGUACCCAAUCGCCCAGCACCGCUGUCCGUCUUGUACCAGCAGCUUCAUACCCAUGUCGCCGAGUUCCAAGCCAAGCUCGCUAAGCUAGGGGUAGGACAUGGGGCGGCGGUGUCGAUUGCCCUGGUCAAUUCGUACGAGUUCAUCGUGUCAUUCUUGGCUGCGUCCUGGCAGCGCGCGAUCGCCGCCCCACUCAACCCAGCCUACAAGCAGGAUGAAUUCGAGUUCUACAUCGACGACCUCAGUUCCACCCUGGUCUUGAUCCCGCAGGGCGCUUACGCGCAGGAUGGACCGGCUGUCCGUGCGGGUCGCAAGUACCAGGCGGCCAUCGCCGAGUGCUACUGGAAUGGCACCGAGAUGGUCCUGGAUGUCAAGGAGCAGGGGAAGCUUGCCGGGGCCCGUCCGGGGCAGGUUGAACAGGCGCAGCCUGAUGAUAUCGCUCUUGUUUUGCAUACGAGCGGCACGACUGGUCGUCCCAAAGCGGUGCCUCUCACGCACAAGAACCUCACCACGACCAUGAAGAACAUCCAAGCGACAUACCAGCUCACCCCGAAGGACCGUACGUACCUGGUCAUGCCUCUCUUCCACGUGCACGGGCUGCUGGCGGCCUUCCUGGCGCCCCUCUACUCCGGCGGAUCGGUGGUCGUGCCGCCUAAGUUCUCCGCGCAUGAGUUCUGGGCCGACUUCAUCAACUACAAAGCGAACUGGUACUCGGCCGUGCCGACAAUCCACCAAAUCCUACUGAAAACCCCACUGCCGACUCCCCUCCCCUCCAUCCGAUUCAUCCGGUCGUGCUCGUCCCCGCUCUCCCCGCAGACCUUCAAAGAGCUCGAAAAGACGCUGAACGCGCCCGUCCUAGAGGCAUACGCGAUGACAGAAGCCGCCCACCAAAUGACCAGCAACCCGCUCCCACCAGCGAAGCGCCAACCAGGCAGCGUGGGCAUCGGGCAGGGCGUAGAAGUGCGCAUCCUCGACCAAGAAGGCAAAGAGGUUGCGCAAGGCAGCGAAGCCGAGAUCUGCGUGCGCGGCGAAAACGUCACGAAGGGGUAUCUGAACAACCCGUCCGCGAACGCGUCGUCGUUCACGCGGGACGGGUUCUUCCGCACAGGCGACCAGGGCAAGAAGGACGCCGACGGGUACGUGAUCAUCACGGGGCGCAUCAAGGAGCUCAUCAACAAGGGCGGCGAGAAGAUCAGCCCUAUCGAGCUGGACAACACCCUGCUGCAUCAUCCGAAGGUGGGCGAGGCUGUGUGCUUCGCUAUCCCGGACGAAGGCCACUACGGUGAGGAUAUUGGCGCUGCGGUCGUCCUUAAGGCGGGUGGCGGUGCUACUGAGGAGGAGUUGAAGGCUUGGGUGGCGAGUAAGCUGGCCAAGUUCAAGACUCCCAAGAAGGUCUGGAUCGUGUCGCAGAUCCCCAAGACGGCGACGGGCAAGAUCCAACGGCGAAAGGUGGCUGAGGCUAUGCUGAAGCCGAAGGCGAAGCUGUAGUCAUAUAUACACACAUAUAUGUGUAUCUUAUACGAAUAUAUUGUGGCACAGAACACCACUCGGCUACAAAAGAUAUCUAGACGCUUCUGAGCUCUGUGGGUACCCUUUGAUAGCCAUCUUAUAUCUAGAAUUAGAGAAUAUUAUAUAAGAGGAAAGGCCCUGUAUAUACGCCAAGUUA